CCCAGAGCCUUCGGCAUUGUGUCCCCAACAAUGGCAGCGCCACGUGCCGGGGGCCCUGUCCCCUCCCGGGGGACAGCGCGGGGACACGGGGACAGCGGGACACGGGGACAGCGGGACACGGGGACAGAGGGACGCGGGGACAGACGGACGCGGGGACAGGCGGCCAUGGGGCAGCGGCGCAGCGGCUGCUGAAGGCGGGGAUGCCCGCCGCAGGGGGGUUGCUGUGCGGGGCCAGUGGCCUGGCGCUGCUGGUGGCCGCCACCGCCACCCAUUUCUGGGCGCAGCGCCGGGCGCCGGGGGGCGCGGCCAGCCUGGGGCUGUGGCACGGCUGCCUCGGGGGACAGUGCCACCCCCACGCCACCACCCCAGCGCUCCUGGAGGCCGCGCGGGUGCUGCUGCUGCUCUCGGUGGUCGCCGCCGCCGCCGGACUCGCCCUGGGCCUGGCCGUGGGGGCCGGCGGGGGGCGGAGGGCGCGGACACGAGUGGCCGGGGCCACCCUGCUGCUGGCAGGGCUUUUCCACCUCUGCGCCGCUUCCAAGGAUCCGUCCCCGGAGAGCUCCGAAGUUGGGGGGUCCUGAGCGGUCCUGGGUUAUCUCCCCAAAAUUUUGGGGUUCCCCGGGUCCGGCCUCUGCUGAUCGCCCCCGUUGCCGCUCCUGGUUUUUCCCUUUUCCCCCAAAUUUUGCCGUGCCAAUAAAUGUAAAUUCCUCCUGCA